AUGAGUCCAACCCAUUUAGGGCUGUUGGCUGUGAAGACAUGCGAGGAAGAAAUCCAUAGGCUGGGCGAGAUUUUAGGGCGAUGGGGAUCCGACAAAGGCGCCUCUGCUUCCGUUUCCCACCUCUUCGAUUGGUUUGGUGGCAUCUUGAUCCGGUUCCGCGACCCCCACGGCGUCUUUCCUCUGGGGUUCGACGGGCUCGGGCUUCUAUUCUCGAUCUUGAGGGGAUCCGGUCAUUUGUUCCCGGUUCCCGUGCCCUUCGACCCAGAAAGGCGGCAGCUUUCGAUACGGUCUUCCGAGAUUCUUGAGUUUGAUUCCGCGUUGAGUUGGGGAUUUUCUGGAUUGAACGGCGUUCUUGCAGAAUUCGGGAAGGGAGUUCGAUUGUUUUUGCAAUUGCAGAGGGGAAAUCGAUUUCUGCUUAUGGGCUGCCUUUGUUCCAAAGGUAUCGAACUUGAUGAGGAUGGCGUGGCAGAGGAAAGCAAGUCCUCGAGUCGUCUCGUCACACUCCCGAAGAAAGACGAGGUCGUGGCUGCCAUCAUCAAUGUCGCACUCAGCGGAAGCCAUGGCAGUUCAAGAUUCUUGUCUAAGACACCGGACGAUGCAGACUCCACCUCGUUGUCAUCGUCCGAUGAUGAAGAGAAGAAAGCAGACACAGUCGCUGGCAGGGUGACGAAAGUUGGGGCGCACCAGAGACGGGCUACGGUGGAUGUCGGGGCACGUAGAGAUGGUUCUGAAGUUAUCGGUGUUGCCAAUAACACAGGAGACGAUAUGGGAAUCGUGGAUGUGCCCGAUGGUAUUACAGGAGAGUAUGUUGCAGCAGGGUGGCCUUCUUGGCUUGCGACGGUGGCCGGAGAAGCAAUCAAGGGAUGGUUGCCUAGGAGAGGAGAUUCAUUUGAGAAACUAGACAAGAUUGGAGAAGGAACUUAUAGUCAUGUUUUCAGAGCCCGCGAUCUUGAGACCGGUAAAAUCGUUGCGCUCAAGAAAGUGCGAUUUGUUAAUAUGGACCCUGAAAGCGUCCGCUUUAUGGCAAGGGAAAUCCAUAUUCUUCGUAAACUCGAUCACCCAAAUGUUAUAAAGCUUGAAGGUAUAGUUACAUCGCGGAUGUCAUGCAACCUGUAUCUUGUCUUUGAGUACAUGGAGCAUGAUCUUGCUGGACUUUUAGCUAGGUUAGGUCCCAGGUUUACUCAACCACAGGUUAAGUGCUAUAUGAGACAGCUGCUUGAAGGGCUUGCUCACUGUCAUGGUCGCGGGGUUUUGCAUCGAGACAUUAAGGGUUCAAAUCUGUUGAUAGACAACAAUGGCAUGCUCAGAAUAGCAGAUUUUGGCCUCGCAACACUGUUCAAUCCUGACCAGAAUCAGCAGCUAACAAGUCGUGUGGUGACCUUGUGGUAUAGGCCUCCUGAGCUUUUGCUUGGUGCUACAGAGUAUGACGCUGCCGUUGAUUUAUGGAGCUCUGGUUGCAUUCUUGCAGAAUUGUUUGCCGGGAAACCAAUCAUGCCUGGAAGAACUGAGGUGGAACAACUACACAAGAUAUUUAAACUCUGCGGUUCACCAUCAGAUGAGUACUGGGAGAAAUCAAAGCUGCCACAUGCAACCAUAUUCAAACCUCAGAAUCAGUAUAGACGCUGCUUUGCUGAGACAUUCAAGGAUUUCCCACCUUCAGCUUUAUCUCUCUUGGAUUCUCUUCUUGCUAUAGAACCAGCAAACCGAGGAACUGCAGCAUCAGCCCUCGAGAGUGAAUUCUUCUUGACAAAGCCAUUUGCCUGCGACCCUUCAAAUUUGCCAAAAUAUCCACCAAGCAAGGAGUAUGAUGCUAAACUUCAGGAUGAGGCUAGGAGGCAAAGAGCAGAAGUUGCCAGGGGACGUGGAUGUGAAUCUGUCAGACCGGGAAGAAUAGAUUCCAGAGCAAUGGCAGCAUCAGGUGCCAAUGCAGAACUGCAGACGCGGCAGGUGCAGGCAAAUCCCAAAAGCAUCAGCGAGAAGUACGACCCACAAGAUGAAACUGGGUCUGGAUUCCCCAUCGAGCCUCCUGUAGAAACGGCAAGAAAUGGCCUCUCUCAUACUGGCAUGCACCCUAGAGCACUUGAACCCUCAUGGACCAGGAAGCCGAACCAGGAACAGCUCCGGCAAGUCCCCAGCCGCACAUCCAGCUCGGUGUGGGUGCCGAACGGCCCUCACCUGAAGCCACAGAUGUCAUGCAGGCCUCAGCCCGGUGCUGCAGACUUCUCCGACAUCUCCGGCUCGCUCGCCGCAAGAAACGCUGCAAAGUCCCGACGUAAUCGCCUCGACGUGGCUGAGCCCACCCAGAAGCACGCGCUCGAUAGGAAAGACGACCCAGUAGGCAUCAAAGAUCCGGCACCAGGUUACGGCACCAGAAUCAAACGGAUCCACUACUCGGGUCCGUUGAUGCCCCCAGGUGGGAACAUCGAAGACAUGCUCAAGGAACACGAGAGGCAGAUCCAGCAAGCGGUCCGCAAGUCCCGCAUCGACAAAGUCAAGGCCAACUUCUGA